ACACAGCACCCACAUCCGGAUAAACAACAUUCCAACCAACAUGGCAAGCCGAAAAUGUUCACAGCAAAGCCGUGGAGACGGAGAUAAGUACUCGGUGUUGUUGCCCACUUACAACGAAAGAGAGAAUCUACCGCUUAUCGUGUGGCUAUUGGUGAAAUACUUUGGUGAAAGUGGAUACAACUACGAAAUUAUUGUCAUUGAUGACGGAAGUCCAGAUGGAACCCUUGAAGUAGCAAAACAACUGCAGAAGAUAUAUGGCGAGGACAAGAUACUCCUGCGGCCAAGAGAAAAGAAACUAGGGUUAGGCACUGCCUACAUUCAUGGCAUCAAACAUGCCACUGGGAACUUUGUCUUCAUAAUGGACGCAGACCUCUCACACCAUCCUAAAUUUAUUCCAGAAUUCAUAGAGAAACAGAGAGAAGGCAGGUAUGACCUGGUGUCAGGCACUCGAUAUAUUGGAGAUGGGGGAGUUUAUGGCUGGGAUCUGCGCAGGAAACUCAUCAGUCGAGGAGCUAACUAUGUCACACAGGUGCUGCUGAGACCUGGGGCAUCCGACCUGACUGGCAGCUUCAGGCUGUAUAAGAAGGAGGUGCUGGAGAGUCUGGUGGAGCGGUGUGUGUCAAAAGGCUACGUCUUUCAGAUGGAAAUGAUUGUUCGUGCUAGACAGUUGAACUACACCAUUGGCGAGGUCCCAAUUUCAUUUGUGGAUCGUGUUUAUGGGGAGUCUAAACUAGGAGGAAAUGAAAUAGUGUCGUUCCUGAAAGGACUGCUUACUCUCUUCGCAACAACAUGAUUGAAGAUGCUCUAACUUUGGACAGAGUAUUGCUUAUGUAAUGUGUUUAGUCUUUCAGUCAUGGACUUUAGUGUGGUAAUUAGGCUAUAUAUGAGUGAGUGAAAGGGAAAUGGACAUUCUGUAGGAAUUGUUGAUUAUUGAAAAAUCCAAAUACAAGCAGUAAUGAAUUGGAAGAAUAUAUCUUCAUUCCCUCUGAUUCAGAUGUAUCUCUUCAGACGUUGAAGCAGGAGUCCAUGUAAAACAGUCCCAAAUGUAUUCCUAUGUAUUAUUGUAGUUUCAUCAAUUGCUCUGUUUACCUACUUUUUGUAGGAUUUAUAAUAAAUAAUUGAAAAAUAAACAGUUUGUCAAUAUA